AUGACCCAGUUCUACGCCCCCGAAACCCCCGAUCGCGUCAAAAACGCCACCGGCCUCCACCUCAUCACCGCCCUAACCCCCAACGGCCGCAAAGCCCACAUCUACCUCGAGGAGCUGAAAGAAACCUACGGCCUCCCCUUCACCAUCAGCCUCAUCGACCUCGACACGAACGAGCAGAAGAAACCAUGGUUUCUGCGCUUGAAUCCGAAUGGUCAGCUUGCUUGCUUGCUUGCUUGCCUUUGCCCUUCCGCAACCCCCAGCAAUCCCAAAACUCCACAUGCACCAAGGCACUGCACUGCAUGCAACAACCAAAGUCCCCUAACCUGUGAGAUAGGCCGCAUCCCCCUCCUAAUCGACAACACCACCACCCCGCACCCGCACGUCGUCAUGGAGUCCUCCGCUAUCCUGCUGUACCUGUUCCAUCAGGUCGAUCAUUCCCAACAAUUUGGGUUCGCGGACCCGCUGCAGCAGAGUCAGCUGCUGCAGUGGCUGGUCUUCUGGGGUGCGUCGGGGCAGAUGGUUCAGGGGCAGUGGAAUUAUUUCCGGCGGAACCAGGUCGAGAAUGAUCACGCGAAGAAGCGUUUUCACGAUGAGUUACUCCGCGUGUAUCACGUCCUCGAAGCGCAUCUCGCGGGACGGUAUACGGAUCCCGGACUGGGAAGGGAGUACCUGGCGGGCCAGGGGAGGGGGAAGUAUACGUUGGCGGAUAUCAAUGCUUGGCCGUGGGUGAGGAACUUUAGGGCUGUUGGGCUGGAGGAGGAGGAGUUGGACAGGUUGCCUGCGCUUGCGGCGUGGGUGGAUAGGGUUGGCGGGCGGGCGGCGGUGCAGAGGGGCGCGUUUGGGGAGGCGUAUGAUGAGGGGUUGUCGCCUGAGUUGGUGCUUAGGACGUGA